AUGUCUUCAACAGCAGCACGGCCUGUUCCUACACCGAGGGAUCCUCGUACGGCAGCACGACAUGCUCACACACCGACGGUACCUCGGAUGGCUUCACCGGUGGCUACGCAUCAUUCGACACCACCGCCUAGGCCAACUCCGAGACCUAGGACAACGUUAUCACGUCAACCGGAACCACGAAGCAUCACGCCUCAUCCGAUGCAUACGAGUACACCCAGGAGCGAAGGAGAGCACGCGAUGGGAGCUGAGACACCAGUCAAAAUUCCAAUCGUGUCUUCUUCUGGGUUGAAUCCAGAUGCCAAGGAGUUCAGUCAUGUAGCUGAUCCAAACCUUGCAUCACUGCAAUUCACAACAUGGGAGGCUCACGAUGUAGUGCAAGGCUUUGCUCACCUCGACGCGAAGCUUGGUUUCGAUGCUGCCACUUCGGAAUUCAAAAGACGAUACGGGGAUUCUACAUACGUGUCACAAGCAUACGUGAAGAAGGCGCUAGACUGGCCCAUGAUACGGGUUGACGACCCGCAAUCGCUAGACAAGCAUUGCAUAUUUCUCAGGGAAUGCCAGUAUGCCAUUCAAGAAAUGGACGGUAUGGGUAUACUCGAGUAUUCUGAGAACUCACGAAAGCUCGUAGGGAAACUGCCACCAAGCCUCCACGACAGGUGGCGCUCGAUUGCAUUCAACAGUCUUGAGAGAAGUGAAGUUCUGACAUUUGGUAUGUUAGUGUACUUUGUACAGAAGGAAGCUCGAAAGGUGAUGGACCCAGUAUAUGGUAGGAGUGCCCUGCAGAUCAAGCCCCCUGCAGCAUCCAACUCUGCUGGGUUCAAACCGCAACCGAAACAACGCACCAAGGCCCGGCAAAAUACCGCGCAACCGGCCCCGGCUAGGACUCUAAUGAAUAUAGACGCCAAACAAGAGAAUAAACCCACUGCUGACAAAGCCGCAGGCAGUGACUCGCGCAAGUGCACACUGUGUGAUGAGACAUAUAGACUUUUCAAGUGCCAGAAGUUCAGUAACCUGAGUCUGAAUGAGAAAAGGAAUUUAGUGCGCGCACAAAGACUGUGUUAUAACUGUCUCGGUCCAGGACACACUUCCAAGGACUGUCAGUCUCAAGCUCGCUGCAGAGUGAAAGACUGCGGUGCUAAUCAUCAUACAGCAUUACAUGAUUACGCAAAGGGGAAAGACGCCAACCAGGUUCCAGAGGAGAAAUCGGUCAAGAACACCUGCUGCCAAACCAACCGAAAAGAAGAUAGCUCGUCAUGCUUCCAGUUGGUGCCGGUGUACGUUUACAAGAAUGGUAGAUCCCUACCCACGAUAGCCAUGCUGGAUUCUGCAAGUCAACUUACGAUCAUACAUCAGUCGCUCGCCAAGGACUUGGGUUUGAAAGGUCGUCAAGGAGAACUCAAGAUAAACACUAUGAACUCAUCCGCUCUCAUGGAUUCUCAGGUUGUUUCCUUUAGCAUCAAACCUCAGAAUCCUAGUCAUGGUUCAUGUAUGCAUAUCAAUGGGGCUUAUGCAUUGAAUGUUAAGAGUUUUCAGUGUACCACUCAGACAUGUUCUCCUAGUUGGGAUCAUUGUAAAGAUCUUGACAUGCCCUCUGAAAUCAAGCCAGAUCAGGUAAAGUUGCUCAUAGGCCUAGAUAAUCCUGAAGCACAUGCGCAGUUAGAAGUGAGAAGGGGUGAGCCGGAGGAUCCGUUGGUGGUUCGCACUAACCUGGGUUGGUCAUUGAUGGGGGGUGAUUGUAAUCGCGAGUCAGAAUUUGAGCCAGUCUCCGUCAAUGUGAUUGGUGUAGACCCACCGGCCCGUAAGGACUUGAACUUAAAGGAAUUUUGGACCACUGAGGCAUUCGGAGUUGCUUCAAAAUGCACGAAACCGUCUUCCAUGGCGGAUCUAAAGGUGCAGAAGUUUCUAGAGGAUACGACAACAUUCCAGGACGGACAUUACGUAGUCGGUAUGCUGUGGAGGGACCUAGACACAGAUUCGAUCAUCUGA